AGGCGUAGAGUCAUGGGAACAUGGCCGACCACAUGGAACAAGACGAAGCAAAUGCCGAGGACUCCUUGCCGGGAAUAGGAGAACUGAAAACGUUUUCUCAGGAAUCCUUGAGUGCUGUUGUCCAUGCCAUCAGGAAUGCUGGAAACUUACCUGCAGCAGGAGAAGAUCAUGACUUUUACUACAGUUUCUCUGAUUUCAGAGAAUUUAGAACAGCUCAAGGAGCGAGACUUCUUAGCAACAUAGGGAAACUGUUGCAUCAUUGGAAGGUGCACUGUCAGUGGCCAUCAGACACUCAUGGUGUUGAUCCUGAUAGUGAUGAGUUACUCGACAGUCUAGUGGAAGCCAAUGAUAUCCUUUUGGAGCAAGUGGAUACAAGUCUUGAUGAGGCAGCAGGCCUUAAAUCAAACAAAGCAAACCAAACAGUUGCUGGAGCUCCUGGACAACAGGGAACACCAAUUGUGUCAAGCUGGAACAGAGCAAGGAAAGACACCCCAGGAAGAAAAGACACCAGUUUCCGUUUUCUCAUGGCCAAAAAUAUUCAACGUCCACAACUGAAAUUCAAAGACAAGAUUGACAAUAGCAACACUCCUUUCAUUCCAAUCAUCACAAGAAAACCAAAUGCUUUGAGACCUUUGGAAAUCAAUUGUCCAAACACUGACAGUCGACCUGAAAAUCUACAAGUGCCAUCAGCUAUUGCUGACUUUAUACAUCAAGAGAGAAUGAAAGGACAGGCUGGCCCUGCUUUAAAUAGCACGGCACACCCUUACCAACAUGAACUGGAUAUGUUUGAGCCUUCAGUGAAUCAGCUCAAGCCACGGAAAGACCAACUGUAUGAGGAAUUGGACAAAACUCCACUCACUCUUGUGGAAACAACAGAGCAACUUCAGGAGCUGAGUCAGCAUCUGUCAGCAGUCAGUGAAUUUGCUGUGGAUUUAGAGCACCAUUCAUACCGGUCUUUCCAAGGAUUCUGCUGUUUGAUGCAGAUAUCAACACGAGACCACGACUAUCUUAUUGACACACUGGAGUUGCGUAAUGAGUUACAGAUCCUUAAUGACUCCUUUACAAAUCCCAAAAUACUUAAGGUUUUCCAUGGGGCUGAUAUGGACAUUGGAUGGUUACAGAGAGACUUUGGUGUUUAUGUUGUAAACAUGUUUGACACAGGCCAGGCUGCUAGAGUGUUAAACUUUGAGAAGUUCUCCUUGGCAUACCUGCUGAAAAAGUUCUGUGAUGUUACAGCAAAUAAACAAUAUCAACUGGCAGAUUGGAGAAUAAGGCCUCUACCAUUAGAGAUGGUGCGUUAUGCAAGAGAGGAUACACAUUAUUUGCUCUAUAUCUGUGAUCGCUUGCAUAAUGAGCUUAUCAAGAGUGGAAAUGCAAACAGCAACUUAAUACAAUCAGUGUACGCCAGGAGUAAAGAUGUCUGCUUGAAGCGAUACGAGAAGCCACUAUUUACCAGUGUAUCUUUUCAAAAAGUAUUGGAAAAACACAAACAGACAUUUAACACUGAACAGAUUUGCGCAUUUCGCCUUCUUUAUGCUUGGAGAGACAAUAUUGCACGGGAGGAAGAUGAAAGUGCUGGCUUUGUUCUUCCAAACCACAUGAUGUUCCAGAUUGCAGAAACCAUGCCAAGGGAGGCCCAAGGUGUUCUGGCUUGUUGUAAUCCAGUUCCCACACUUGUUAAGCAGUAUGUGCAUGAAAUCCACCUGCUGAUUUUGCAAGCAAAAGAACUGGCACUUGCUGCAAACAAGAGCUCUUCGUCUGUGGGUGCUACAUCAGAAGUUGACUCAGGAAACACUACAGAACACAGUGCCUCGACAAGUACAACUCUCUCUCGGCCGCCACUGAUCGAUCCAGACUCAAAAUCAAAUCACUUACUUGUUAAUGGAGAUUCCUUACUUGUUAGUGCAGCCUCGCCAAGUUCGUUUGGUCAUGUUAUUGUAUCAGGACCUCCUGUACCUAAAGCAAGCCCAGCUAUAUUACUAUUUGAGAUUUCUAAUGAUGAACAACUUACUGAUGGACAGAAGAAAGCGGAAAAAAUCAAGGCUUCUUUUGAGAACCCAUUUCAAAAAUUCCUUCCGGUGAAAAGUCACUCAGAGACGACAGAAGGCACAACCACUGUAGAUGAACUUCAAAAUCAUGAGCAAGUACACAGGAUUAAUCAGCAAUGGAGACAAGCGACACAGCUAAAUACUUCUCCUUCAGCAUCAGAACCAAAUGCUGGACAUAAAAGACAUCAUUCAGAUAGCGAGGAAACAUCAGAAGAUUUAACACCGUUGAGAAAUAGAACUGGAAAGUCUGCUUCAAAGAAAAGAAAAACCUCACCAGGCACUUCUAAAAAUGGAGGUGAAGAGGAAGAAUCAAGCACGCAACCUGGCAGAGCUUUUGUGCCGUUCAACUACUCCGAUGUGGAUUAUUCAACAUUCACUGGUGAUAAAGAGAAAGAGACCAAAGACAAGACAGUUGUUUUUAAUCCUUAUAGCUCAUCACGUGACUCCAAAUCAGCAGGGCCACGGUCUAAAGUACACAUGAAAUCUGGACAGAAAAGUCUAACGUUUUCCUCAAACAAGCAAACAAGUCAGAAGAAGAAAUGGCCUCGCAGAUGACAUGACUGAAUUUUAAUCAGAAGAAUUUUAUUUCAACUGGGUCUUAGUUAAGCUAGCUUCUCCUUCAUGUGCUGACGUCACGCAAAAUAAGUUGACUCGCAAUUGAUUUAUAAGCAAUGUUUUCUCAUUUCUAGUCUAUACAUGAAGAACGCCCUCUUAAUUUAUUUUAGCGAAAUUUCACAAUAAUUUUAAUUUCUGUUCUACUUCGGUGGAUUUUAGUCCAGUGGUAAAAGUGGUUGUAACCGUGUUAUGAAGACUAAUUAGUUCAAGAAUUAUAAAUAAAACUGUGCGACAGGCGUUUGACUUUCA